AUGGAUCAGAUUUUUGAAAGUGAUGUUAAUUUGACUGAGAUGACUAUGUUUGACCAGCCUGGAUGGCAAAUUGCACUUUGGGCCAUUGUCUACUUAUUGAUAAUCACAGCAUCGAUUGUUGGCAAUGCCACCGUCAUUUGGAUUAUCCUGUCCCAUCGACGAAUGAGAACAGUCACCAACUAUUUUAUUGUGAACUUGGCUCUUUCCGAUCUGCUUAUGACUGCACUAAACACAGUUUUUAAUUUUAUUUAUGCCUGUCAUAAUGUCUGGUAUUUUGACGAGGGAUUCUGCCGUUUUCAUAAUUUUGUUCCUGUUACUGCAAUGUUUGUCAGCAUUUACACCAUGACCGCUAUCUCUGCGGAGAGGUAUAUGGCAAUCGUUUACCCUUUCAAGCAAAAACUUUCUGCAGCGAAUACAAAAGGGAUCAUAGGAAUAAUCUGGCUGGUGGCUUGUGCACUAGCUUUUCCACAGUUCUUUUAUGCUCAAGUCAUCACUGAUCACGGACUGGCCAAAUGUGCUGUGAGCUGGCCACAUAAUCACAGCCAAAGACAGCAGCUCACGACUCCUACUCUGUUGGCUUUCCAUAAAGCCUUGAAAACAUGGAUGUCUUCCACGCCUUGA